AAGAUUGUUGUCCUUCCUACGCAACACAAGCGUUUCGAUGAAACGUACGUACAUACAUUGCGCAAGGAGCGCCCAGACAUCUGCUUAUGCGCACUUAAGUUAGGGCUAAGCGGCGCCCAUAAGGCUCGGGAAGUCCCACAUCCUCGCAGGACAACUUCCUUGGUCUCUUUUUUUCGAGCUUUUGGGUUCUAAAGAUGCAUGAAAUAGUCACACAGAGACCACGGUGAGCCAUGCGCCAGACUACGAGGCGUCCAGCACAUCGCAGCAGCAAUGAUACCUGAGCAGCGCUGAAGAGUACAUGAUACCAACAAAGGACUAUAGGGAUGGUUAUGGUGAAGCCGGGGGCACUAACAGCCUGAGGAGGGACUAGACUUCCCGCUGUCUGUACUCCGUAGGCUUGUUUAUAAUGAACUUCCCGUUUGGGUAGCUCGGCAACACACCUAACCAGCCAAGAGAGCACAUUCGCGGCUCGACGACUCAGGGACCCGAGAAGCCCGAGCGCAGUUGACAGGGGUCAGCUUGGGGGUCAAACGUGUCCUGACCAACCUGCUCUGAGCAUGUUUACGCCAGCACCGCCAGACACAUUGAGUCGCCCGCACAACGGACCCAGUCGAUUGCGCACAUUCCAGAUGUCGAGACUGCCAUCUCCCAUUGGUGUUUCAGGAUAGGAAACUUGCUCCAGUUGUUACGACAAGAGCACUUUUAUCAUGUCGCCAUGCAGACUUAAGUCCGCCGGUUUCCCCAUGGCUGACGAGGGGCUAUAUCGGCCUCGAUCAGUAACUUCCCUUGGCUGUCGCACAAGGUCGGCUCGGUCUUAGUUGAUAUCCGCUAGAUACAACAACGAGGCAGCAAAAUGGUGUCUACGACAUUUCCUCGUGUCUGCGAGGAUAGAUCUCAUUCCACAUGGUCAUGGUCACCGCCAUAUCGCAAACUCCAGCACCUGAGCUCCCAAGCUGAUCUUAAAGGCGUCGAUCCUCGAGAUCGUUGCUCUUAUCGUGGCGCUAAUCACACCACUGUAUCUGGCUUCCCCAGAAUGACGACAGGGCCCAAGCCCCAGGAUGCGAGGCACUGGGGCCAACAUGCUUUGUGGGUGGGAAACAUUGCUGCAGAAGUCACCAUUUUGACUCUGCGAGACUACUUCUCUGCUGCGUGUCCGAGAACCGUCAUCAGUAUCGCCUACAAUUCAGACGCCAGGUAUGCAUUUGUCAACUUUAGCUCCGAAGAAUCUCGAGCCGCUGCCAUUCGGCAUGCAGCGAGCACUUUAUUCCAGGGUCGACGCCUCGACUGUCGGAUUCGACAAGGCUCCAUGUCGAGGUCAACCAAGGUCCAUUAUGCCGUGGGGAAACCAGGAAACACGUCCUUCACUGUCUCUCAUCAAGGCGAGAACAGUCUAGAACAGCGUGCUGUUGAAUUGCUACACUAUCCGGAAACCGUCGAGGCACAAUGGGGCAGGGAUAAGUUCUUCAUCUUGAAGAGUUUCUCACUCGAGGCACUUGCCAAAAGCAUCGAGACUGCUCGGUGGUAUGUCCCCAAGCGACACUGCUCGCGGCUAAAUUUUGCCCACCAGACAUCACGAAAUGUAUACUUUAUCUUUUCGAUCAACGGGUCGGGGUCCUUCUGUGGUCUUGCAAAGAUGAAGUCUGAGACACAACCAGAAGCGUCGGCCACGAAUCAACAAAACGACAUCCACCGGACAAGCUCGACGCGGAGCGAUUCAUCGUCACUACUUCGCCAUUCCCUCUCUAGAGUCUCAGGGGCGGGGUCUGGCUUACGGACGCCAACGACUGCCUCAUCAAUAUCAGUGGCAGGCACCAUACACUACGAACCCCAGCGGCGGAGAAUAGUGUGGGAAGCUUUACCAGCGGAGCAAGCUGACGAACAAGAGGCGGACGACGAUCUCGCAUGGUCGGAAUCGUCUUCGUCUUCGUCUACAGUGUCAAAUUAUGAAGCAGGAUUAGUGGCGGGCGAGGACAAUUACCGCCUCCGAAGACACACGGUUCCUUCACGGGCCGACAUUUCCUUAGAUUCACCUGAGGUGAAAGCGCUCUGGGACAAGGAUUUGGCUGGCACGAAGACCGAGCCCAAGUCGGACACAGGGCUGAUGGAGAUGCUCGAGCAGUUUGGCAACCCAUGCGACAUUGAAUGGAUUUCCACGAAGGCCAUUUCUUUCGACGAGAUCCGGGGCAUCAAGAACGCUUGGAACAAUAACAAGGAGAUUCAAGUUGCUAGAAACGUUACCGCCGUGGAACCACGUGCUGCAACGGAGCUGCUGAAGGUUUGGACAGGUGUUGAAAGCAGACGUGUGUCGUGAAGUUAACCCGAGACUGCCUUGUAUGAGGCUUAGAGAUCGUCACAUCAUCACCAAGACACGGUCUAUCGCCGAUAAGCAAGAUCCAAAUCACCGCCUCCAGAAACAGCUUUGCACCGGGUGUGCUCACAUAUUUUUACGCUACGAUUUGACGACAAACUUCACCAGAACCCGAAAGUUGGUCGACAUGUUCGAUCAACACACGUGACGUCAAUGAUGAUAAAUGAUAAACACAGGUGGAUGACCUAAACAGUUAUUAGGACAUAUCAGGACAGGACAGGACAGGACUGCAGACACUGGAAAUGCAGAUUGAUGCUACAAUACCUUUGAAUAUGCCAUGCUAGCACGGCAUAAGGCUACGUUAGAAAGGACAAUAGACUCUUCUUCGAGUGAAUUGGCCCAGAUGGUGUUGAGAAGGCAGAAUCACACCAAAAUGAAGGGAGAGGGGUGAAGAUCCAGCAACAAGUGUGAUAAUCAGGACAGGGCGUACAGCUGCAGUCGAAUUAUCUCAUGUCCCUGGUCGUCAGCCGUCUCCUGGAUUGACUCUGAGCGAGAUUCUAAAAGGAACACGCAAGGCAUGAUAGAGUUCAUAGAAACAGAGGAGACGACGGACAUAUCUGUCUCAUUGGACCAUUCAGCAAUGGAUUCGUCAGCCUUUUCAUUCCUCGUGAGCAAGUUUGUAGACGAGUCGCCCAUCUUAUGGCAGACCCAACCCCUCUGUCGAGGUCCAUUUCUCGGCGUAAGUAUGAGCACAUUGUGAGCAGAUUACCAACAAACAAAGAGUGCAUUUGAGAAACCAGGGCAAUAAAUGGAUAGAAAUGUUA